AUCUGACGUUAAUGAGGUUUCCCCCAUCGGUCUGAAUCUUAUCCUUUUAUUCGAUAAACAAAAGUAUUAUCAAACAUCCACUUUAACCUCGCAAUAAUAUGUGGUCGCAUUCAUUUUAUCUUUACGGUGUUUGUAGAAUAUCAAUUAUAAAAAAGUUUUGAUUUGUAAUUUCAAAAUGUCGAUGUACGUUGUAUUACUAAGUGUUUUGUUAUUGAACAGUUUUCUUCUAGUGGAAGUUCAAGGUGGUUUUCGGCGAUUAAAACGACAAGAUGAUUUAGAUAAUACUAUAAUAGAGACUUUUAAUAACUGUAAAUGUGUUUACUACUAUCAGUGUGAUGCUAAUAAUACAGUGAUUACCAAUGGUGAAAAUUUAAUCGACUUACGAUUGGGUGAAGAUGAGGCCAAAUUAGGUAACAGUACUAAAAUCCAAUGCAAAGGAGGAAAAUUCGAAGGAGAGUUUGUCUGCUGCAAAGUUAAUACCACCAACAGUAGUGCUGAGAACAGAAAUCCAGAGAUAGAAUAUGAUAAUUCGACUAUAGCCCCAACGCAUCAGUGUGGAGUUCAAAGAACCAAAAUUAAUGUCAGAAUUAUGACGGACGAGGAUAGUGAUGAAGAAGUCAAUCCACUGGACGGAGAGUUCCCAUGGAUUACGGCUAUUUACAAGAUAAAUAAAAAGGAAAGAUGGGUUUUCCACUCUAGUGGAGCGCUGAUACAUCCCAAAGUUAUUUUAACAGCCAAUCACUACUUCCAUAGGAAAAAUGCAAAUGACUUUAAAAUAAUCCUCACUGGUGAUGUGGAAUUGACCAAAGUUGGAAAUAAUGUCGAUAACGAGCGAAACGUCGCAGAAAUAGUAAACCAUCCAAAAUAUUAUGGAGGUGCCCUUUACAAUGACGGAGCUUUAUUAAUCUUAGAUAGACCUUUCGAACCUACGAAAACAAAUUCCAUAAAUACUCUUUGCUUACCACCUGAUAAUCUCAACAUGAAUUCUGGUAGAUGUCUUGUUGCAGGAUGGGGAAAAGGAUCCGAGGAGGAAGGUAUCAAAGUUUUGAAAAAAGUUGAGUUACCAAUUGUACCGUUUGGUAAAUGUGAAGAACAGCUUCGAAAAACGAGAUUGGGAUCUGGUUUUGUUCUAAACCAGUCAUUCAUGUGUGCAGGUGGUGAAAAGAACAAAGAUGCCUGCAAGGGAGAUGGAGGAAGUCCUUUAAUGUGUUUACUUCCUGGACAAACGAGAUAUUUCCAUAUGGGAAUCGUUUCUUGGGGUAUCGGGUGCGGAACAGAAAAUGUUCCCGGUGUGUAUGCCAGUACUUUAAAAUUGAAAUCUUGGAUAUCAGAAGAGCUGAAAAAGAGAAAUUUGGAGUUAUAGACUUUUAUACUUUGUAUACAAUAUACGCUUUUUCACAUUUAUACUGUCUCCUUAUUGUUUCGAAUUGUAUGAAAUGUAUUUAAAAAAUAUUAAAAAAAAAUAACAAAUAUAAAUGUUUG